CACAUAUAUUGUGUGCUAAAUUAAGGAAUUAAGAAAAAGAGUUUUGGAUAGAAACCUAAAUUUACAUGUUUCCUUUUUGUUCAUUUUAAAGAUUAUUUAUUCAUUCACUUAAACAUUUAUACAUUAAGUAUCUGAUGUAUUUCUUCUUUGUCAUUUCUACCUAUGGUAGCUUGAAUAAUAAAACAAGCUUAAAUAGUGGAUCAAUCAAUUGUAGAAAUUUUUCCGGUGAAAUUCACAAUAUUUAAACAAGCCAAUUCAAAUUAUCUUUUGUGUUAUCAGUUCCCUACUUAGCAUACAAACGAAAUAAUCAUGUCCAUAAGAACACCUUAUGAACGUUUACGUACAUUUUGCUCACAGUUAGCAAAAUAUAUUCCAGAAAUUCAAUUACAACCACCACAUACAAUUAAAAAUUACGGAAAUUGUCCAUAUUUUUAUAAAUUUCAUCUUGGCACAAAGGACUUAGUUGAAAAGUUCAAUGAUGAUAUAUUACCAUCGUCUAAUAAUACUUAUAGACUGUCAAAUGUACCAAGAGAAUCGAUUGGCACACAUUCAGAUGAGAUGAAAUUACAAGAUUUUCAGUGGUUAAUGAAUAAAAAGUUAACAUGUGUUUUAUUAUGGCUUGGUGUAAUCAUUUUAAUUGUUGGAGUAAUCGCAUUACAGAUUGCUAGUUUUUUCUUACAUAAACGACAAGAUAUAUUAUCGAUCGGGGUUGGAUGUUUAAGCUCUGGUCUUUGUCUCCUCUCUGUCACAUUAUUCACUUUUCUUCAUGCUCAUGUUUUUAUUUAUGAAAUACCUGAUGAUAAUAUCGAUGAACACCAAUAUGUGGUUACUAGAAGAAAAGAGCUCUCAUUUGACCCAUAAACUACUACUGUGGUGUGUGAUACUGAUGUCGGCAGAUAUCAGUAGUAUGUAUCACCAAACGAAAGUGGAGUGUCUGGAGGCAGAAGGUUGAGAAAAUUGAAGAAAAGAGAAUGAAAACAGAGAGCGAUUGGUGUGGAAACGAAGGAACAACAAAUUCGGAGGCAAUUAACUGACAUUUUUCAAAUGAAGUAUUACUGUAUAUUUUCCAGAUUUUACCAUGAUAUUCUGUAAUGUUGUAUUAGAAUGCACUUGGUUGCCUUCGCCUGUGUUCUCGUUCACUACACUACCAUGCAAUUUACUGUUCUUAGUCUAUUGCCAGUUUAUUAUUCAGUCUUAUCUACUUACAGCCACUUCUGUUGUGUUUAUUUACAACUGUUAUUUCGCAUUUUAUGGUGUGAUGCCGUCUGAUUUGCUUUCACAUAAACUUCGUAUGUCUGAAAUAUAUUCCUUAUAUAGAGAGGGACGAUAUUGUGUUCUGGGCUCGAUGGGCAGAACAAGGCUAGAGGAUGUUAUACCGAGGACCAAUAAUAGAUUAGAGUUGACUCAGGGCUACUGGUGCUGGUUGGUGUGUCAUUAGUUAACCAAAGGAUGAGAUCAUAUAAAUCAAUAUUCUGAUUGACGUUUUUGUCACGUGAUAUUUGACAGGUCGUAACAGUACUCUCGUACAAAAAGGUAAAUGUGAAACUAGUAGCUGAUGAUUUACUUUCAGAUUUCGAUUGUCAGGCAACAAUGGUCAUUAUUUAUAAACUUGACGAAUUUAUUUAUUUAUCAGUGACUAAAUUUAGAAAUGAUUUUCAGCGUUCUGCUUAUAGAGUCAUGACUGGCAGCAUUAAAAUUAAUGUCUACAGUUGAAAAUAUGAAUUUUUGUUCGAAUUUCAACUCAAUGGUCUAAAGAUCAAUUCAUUUUUGUAUUGGUUGUUUGAAUCUUCCCGAUGACGUUCGGGAUUAAUAGCCAUUCACUUGUGCAACAGGUAUGAGAUCUCAUUCAAUUUGAACUCAGUACCUAAGUGAAUAACGUAAUGGUGUCUGAAACGAAUGAUACUGGUUUCGAGUUGCGGAGUGAACACCAACUUUUGGAUGCAGGUACAUCCUUCUGAUGAGUCUCAAAUUAGAAGAAACGUAUAUCUUAGAUUCCGAUCCCAGCCACAUCCAAUCUAUCCUGUAGCAGACAUCAAUAAGCUAAUAAUUCACUGAUUACCUAAUCUUACAAGUGAGCUGAUUAGUAAACACUGACUUUAACGUGACGGGAUAAUAUUUAAGAACUUAACAACCCCUAAACGUCUUUUCAUUGUAAGUCAUACUAGCGACCCCUAUAACAGUGAUAACGAGGAUAAAAGUCGAUUUUUAGAAUUCUGACUACAUAUGAUAAGUAGAAAUCAUUAUGUAUUCAAUUAAUACAACUACGAGUAGAACUAAUCAAUAUAUUUCUAAAUGAAUCGAAAUCUGAACACUGUAUACAAGUAAAUAUUACAAAAUCAAAUGCAAUUCAGAAAGAAUGGGUUACAGAUUUUAAAAAAUCUUAGUUCAUUCAGCAACGACACAGCGUUUGUAAGGAACUACACAACGAAAUCGAUGGAGAGCCUUGAAGUCAUUGUUAAUUUAAAUUUAGCCAGGGCACUGUAGUCAGAAUUUCAAGAAAAUUCCUCAGUUUCACUCCCGAAAUGUUUUUUUGUGGAAUCUGAACAUUCAGUCGAAUUUACAAUUUGUUCAGUUAAUCAGUCCUACUCCGACAAGCUCAUAGGAAUUAAGCACAUUCUCAUCUACAGAACAAAAAAGACUUGUCUGUUCAUAUCGCCACGAAUCAAUUCAUGUGACAAAUUGUUCAGCCUGAAGAGAUGAAUGGAAGUGAAGGCACAAAUAUGCAAUCUCUUGUGAAUUAGUAAAUGAUGGAGAAUUGUCUUUCAACCUGUUGAUGAGGGAAAAACACGAUUUCCAACAAAACUGAACGAUAUGUGGAUCAAGUUGAAAGUAUCACCGUCUCACCUAUGUUGCCACAGAAAUAUCUGACAUCGUUUCUUAGGAAGAGGUGAUAUGACAGUAAAACAAUUAAGCCUGAUAAUCAGUCACUAGUUUUAUUAGAGAAUGAAUGAUCUAUAGUUGUCGUAAUUACAAGUAUGUUUAAUAUAUUGUUUGUUGUAAGCACGUUACCUUGGCACAAAAAAGUAUUUUUUUUGUUGGACAGUCAUUUUGUCUUUUGAUACCUUUCCACUUGAGGGUUCACAUCAAUAAUUCUGUCUCAUGAGCAGCGAUUACUCGGUUAUGUUGUGUCAUCGCAUUUCAUUCAUUCAUCAAUAUCUGAUUUGUUAUUCACUUUAACAACACAAAUUUCACUCACCAUCGAUCAGAAAAUCUUAAUUCAUUGUUGUUUAUUGCAGCGAAAUUCCAUUUAACCUUUCUUUCUGUUUCCUAUCAUUGAAAUUAUUUGUUCGACAAUUUCGGUCAAUCUAAAGUAUUUCUGAACACGAUAAGCACUGACAAUAUUUUAAGUGGACAUAUGCACUACGGCGAUAUCCAGAUCUAUGGGCGAACUAAUGGAUAAUGGUCUUUUAUCAUAUUUUCGUUUUAAAAAUUACUCCAAAGAAUAUUGAUUUCAAUUUGUUUUUAUUUUCCUCCAUUGUGUUAUAUUUUAUAUUUUUUAGGAUCAAACAUUUAACACUGAAGAUGAAUUUGAAUAUAGAAUAACAGAAAAAGUGAUAAUGGAUCAUUCAUCUUGAAAAUUAAAAUUGACGAACUAUUCUCUCCUAUUCAUUUUGGUUUGAUUGCCGACACACACACACUCGCACAUUCAAAUGAUACAUGCAAUCUUGUAAAUAAUUAUUAUUUGAUUUCAUUUUUUUUGCUUAAUAUUAAAAUUAGCAAAAACGCGAUUAUGUACAAGAGUAAACAAAUAACUCCAAAUUACGUUAAGAUUAUUGGCCACUAUCAUUUGUUCUCUAAUGAUUAAUUUCGAAAGGUAAUUCUGAAAGCGCUUGUGAGAAACUAUGAAUAAGGGAGUUGGAAAACGGUUGCGCAUAAUCAAGAAUUGACUGGAGUCAGAUAUAUGAACCAAGAGCUCCUAAGUCAGUUGUCUAAAUAUUAAGCACUUGUUGCCCGACCUGAAGUUUAUGUGUCCGAUCGCUGGUGAGGUUCUGGACACUUAUUGCUAAUACGUCACAUAUAAAGACGGAACGGGUGUCCAGCGCACCUCGAUUUUCAGUUACCAUAUAAUACAAUACCAGCGGUAAAACAUUUACAUAAGUGAGUUUGUCCUGGGAGUCUUUCUAUAAAUGCCAAGGUGGUAAAGGCACCUUCUAUUACAUUAUUCAUAAAACAAACGACAGUAAGCACUAUUUUGUCAACCGUCAGACAAAACAAUGGAAAUAACAAUCCCGAGCCUGAUUACGAUAGUUGAUUCUAGGAGUUCCAGCUAGAAGCGGUCAUCAGUAGAGCUCAAGCAUUGAUGCCUAUAAUCUCUACAUUAUCGUUAACUAUACUUUAUGCUAUUAAUCUGGAUCAUGAACUUAUUUCCUCCAUAAAAUCUAACUUAACUGCCUAUCUAAUACUUUCAUUUGUUUUCUAACUGUUUAUACAAAAUGCACUAGAUAAAUGGUGAUUU